GCAGUCUAUUCACUCCGAACAAACACCAGCUGACCACCAGUGGUGCCAGAUAAAUUUGUUAACAUAAUUUAAAGUUGCACGUUCCAGGUGCAAGUGUUUCCACAAUCUACCGAGAAAGAAUAAUGCCAUAAAGCUAACUGAAAAUCCACUAUUCAAGGCAAUUUCCGAACUGGAAGGACCGGAAGGAAUGAAGUAAAUAAAGGGUUUGGCACCUGAUUGUUUAUCUCUCCUGUCAAGCUGAGCCGAAGCGACGAGGAGGCAGCCCACUGAAAAAAUAAAACUAAAAUCCGAGCUGGUAAAGAGUUUCCUGUUAAUGGCGGGGAAGAAAGCACUACAUCCUAACCUGUCAGUGACAGAUGUUAGAAACUUCCCAUUUUUAAAGAAAAUUCUUCCACCAGAAUAUGACUAUUAUGUUGAAGCUUAUAAAGAGUAUGAAGGCCAUGAGGAAGAGAAACGCUUCAGUGCCAAUUUCCGAAUAUCAAGAUCAGAAGCAACAAAAGACAGUAUGAGGCGAUGGCUGGAAAAGUUUUGCAGCCACUCACUGACCACAUAUAGAAUUGAAAGAACAUAUCCAACAGAAACCAAGUGGUUUACAUACAGGGUUGAUUUGAGAUGUCAGCAUAAUACAAAGCCAACAAGCCACAAAAGGGUCCGUACACCUCAUAAAAAGCACACAGCCUGUCCUGCAAAAAUGACGAUCAAGAUAAGACAAGAUAGACUCAGUAGAAGAAAGAGCAGUGAGCUUCACCUGAAGACUCAUCCUGUUGAAGUGAUGCUAUAUCACCUCCAUAAUCAUCUCACCCAAAGGAGAUAUGCUCUUCAGUUUCGGGAUCCAGAUUCAGCCCUCGUAAAAAAAUUUAGGAUGAUGUACCAUGCUGGUUAUAAGCCUGCUACUGCUCUCAAGAUCCACAAAAGGGAUAUACACAUGGAGUAUGAGGAUGAUUCCUGUGCUGCUCUAGAGGACAGAGCAUUAUGCCCAGAUGUAAAUUGGUGUUAUAGGCAGUACUACUUGACAUGCAAGGGAGAGAAAAGUCUCAGUGUUUUAGAGAGUAAAACAAAUUCAUUGGAAGAAUUUGUACAUGAAUAUAAUAAACAGUGCAAUGAAAUAUGUGCAGCAAUGAAGCUACUGAAUGAUGAAAAUACAGAUGUUAUUAUUGCUUUAGUUACACCUUUGAUGAAGCAUUUCCAUAAAGGUUUAGUACAGACAGGGAAGCUAAUAAUUAUUGAUAGCAACAGUAUAGAAUUUCUGAAAUGCAGAAUUUAUCUCCUUAUGACUCACAGUGGUUUUGGUGGCCUUCCAGUAGGUAUUCUCAUAACAUCAACAGACAGCCCUAAUGUUUUGCAUCAGGCUCUAGAUUUAUACAUGGACUUGUUAUCUGAUCAAGCUUUUGCUGGACGUGGUAACCUUGGACCAGAAAUCAUACUGACUGAAGAUUGUUAUGUUCAACGUCAGGCCUUAGCAGCAAAAUUUCCUGAUACUACCAUAUUGAUUUGUCCAUACCAUGUGAUUCAAUCAGCCUGGGAAUGUCUGUGCCACAGCCAAUCUGGCAUUGAACAUGGUAGCAGACAAGAACUGUUUGGCAUGGUUAAGGAUAUGGUUUUGGCCCAAACUGAUUCUGACCUUGAGGAGAAAUAUAAGAAUAUCACAUCAUUACAGACUCAUUAUCCUUUAAAGUUUUUUUCCCACAUGGAGGACUUGUAUAAAAAAAGGAACAAAUGGGCUCUAUGUCUUCAAGGCAAUUUGAUGAACCAAAUAUAUAGCUUCACAAGUGUUGCAGAAAUAAUGGAAUCUCUGAAGGACAAAAUGCUGAAGCAAAUAAAAGCAUGCACAAUGGUUCAGCUUCUUAAAUUUUUGACUACUGAUUUAGAUACAUAUUAUACAAAGAAAUUACACUGCAUUGCAGAAGGUCAAUUUGAAGUGCCAUAUUUACAACGCUAUAUGCAGGAGAAGAAAAUGAUGGAUAUGCUAGAAGUUGUUCCCUUCUUCAAAAUCAAAAAUGCAUCAACGGGUGAAUGCUUUGAUGUAGACAUGAGUUUAGGUUUAUGCUCUUGUUCAGUUGGUGUCUCAGGCGAACCCUGCAAACACCAAUGUGCCUUAACUCAGAAACUUGAUGUAGGUAACCUUUUGAUGAAACCAGAAAUAGAUUCAAGAACAAGAGAAGAAAUAGCCAGAAUAUACAGCCAGACUCAGGAUAAAAAGCUCAGAAAUUAUAUUGUAAAGAAAAUUGAAAAGUGCAGUGAAAAACAGGAGAAAGUAAAUGAAAAAGGAAACUUGGAAUUAUCAAAUAACACCAGCAUUCAUUGUGAGAAAUAUGCAGAAUCAAAAGAUGCUAGUAUAGGAGGAAUUGAUUUGAAAAAAUUAUCUGAUAUAAAAACUAGUGCUGAUGCGCCACCAUGUCUAGUAUGUAACGCGAUCCCAACUUCACAAGCCCAUUUCAUAAGAUGCAGUCACAACGUACAGUUAUUUUGUGAGACUUGCAGAAUGGGGCCAAAUAACCCAGAACAGGAGCAACAUUGUCUGCAAAAACAUACCAGCAAAAAGCAAUGUGGAUGUGGUAUACGUGGAAAAGGUAACCCUGGUUGUGAUUCUUUGAGAAAACACGCAUUAUGUCAAAGUCCAAAUAGUCCAUAUGGAAAUGAGCUAUGUGGGAAACAUGUUAAGAAUAGGAAUAGAAUUGCCAGGCAUAGAUCUAAAAAGGAUAAAAAAUGCAUUUGUUCAAACUGUCAAAAGCCUUAUAUAAAAGAAAGACACCUAACAACUCAACUGCAUAAAACUUUCAAAACUUUUGAUACUGAUACCAAUAUUGAAGUAAAAAGUUAUCCUUACCCAAGUGAUCAUCAUCACAAACAGAAAGUUAUCAUAAUUAAUGCAGAUGAACCAACAACACCACCAGCUAUUAAUGAUCUUGAAGAAAGUGGUUGCUCUUAUGUAUCUCUUUAACCCAAUGCUGCCGGAGAAAAUAAAUAAAAAAUGGGAAAAACGCUGUGUUCAUUUUUUAUAUUUUUUGUGAAAUGUCUCUGUGCAUAGA